AUGCAGCUCACUUGGAAGCAAAUCCUCCUCAUUGCCGGCGGCACAGCCGCAGCAGGAGCCUGCCUUUACUAUUUGCUCCGCGAGGACGGAGGCGAGGCGAGUGAGGGCGAUGGCGAGCCUAAGAAAAUCAACAGUGGCGAGGCGACCAAGGAGCAGGUCAUGACCAUCCUCAAGGGCAUUCUGAAGAGCCAGGAAAAAACCAAGGCUCUCAUGAAGGAAUUCAUCAAGGACAUGCUCAACGAGGACUUCACCUUCGAGGAGGCCUACGAGCGCGUGCUGCAGAAACACCCGGAGGACCCGCUGGAGCAGUACGGUCUGACGAUGCCCGACUUCGACAACUUGCUGGACAAGUACCAGCACGACCCGCAGAUCAAGGAUCUCAUCGUGCGCAUCAUGAGCUCCUCUGCCCCUUCAGAGCCGAACCCGCGCGGCCAGACGAUCGACAAGGCGAAGGUGAUUCAAGUGCACGAGUACAUGAAGCAGGAGCUGCAGAAGCUGGUGGAUCACAUUCAGAAGAGCCCGAGCCGAUCCAAGUUGGAUGUGAAGAACGUGACGCUGACGGCGCAGGCGUACGUCGGCGCGAAGGUGCAGAAGAAGUUCGGUUUUACGUCUGAGGACGUCGAGUCGGCGGUGAUCUAUAACCACAAGGAGCUGGCGGUCGAUCCGGACUUUGUGCGCGUGAACAUCGGCAUCCAGACCAUCAUGAACCAGUUGAUUGUUCCCCAGUUCGUCAUGUAG